AUGGCAAAGAGGAGCAGCGACGGCGAUGUCCUUGCAAACCGCAUAAGUCUGCUCCAGGCCAAAGGACAGACGCUCUUGGCGUCGCUGUACGGCUCGCGGCCAGACUGGGACUCGGGAGAUACCGCGGCGACGGCCCAAGACGAAGAUGAUCAGGACCUCAAACACAACUACGCCCACGACAGGAUCGGUCUUGGCGGUGUCCUGCCCAAGGAUGUCGAGGACGGCAGUUUUACCAGAAGGAUACCGACAUCAGACGACAAGCUGCUGCAGCAACUAAUUGGCAAGAAGAAAGCCAAAGCACAUAUUGCGGCCAAGCAGCAGGCCGCAAGACUCGGCGCAGCAGCAAAAGCCCAGCAAUAUAGCAAGCCGGCCGCCAAGAAGGAGGCGUCUGACGAUGAAGACGAGGGCCGUGCCGCUACUUUCAAGUCUAGGAGACAGAAGAAGGAUGAGGCAUCCAAGGUAGUAGAUAGCGACGACGAAGACGAGGAGACGCGAGCAAAGCGGCUAGCAGCCGGUGCGAACCAAAAGGAGAAUGUCGUCACCGAUGCGCCAGCCGACGACAAGCCAUCGCAAAAAGAGGAAGAAGACCAAGAGCCCGACGUCGCACAGCCCGCUUCUAAGAAAGCAAGAACAAAACCAAAGAGCUUCCUCGAUGAGAUCCUCGCCGAGCGUUCCAAAAAGAAGAAUAAAAAGGGCAAACCCUGA